AUGACAGUUUCUAGAUUGUUGAAAGAGAGAGUGAGAUAUGCGCCAUAUUUGAAGAAGGUGCGUCCUGUGGAGGAACUGAUUCCAUUGUUUAAGAACGGACAAUACAUUGGGUGGUCUGGUUUCACCGGUGUGGGUGCUCCAAAAGCUGUUCCUGAGGCAUUGAUCAAGCAUGUUGAGGAAAAUAACUUGCAAGGGAAGCUUAGAUUCAACCUUUUUGUGGGUGCUUCUGCUGGACCAGAAGAAUGUAAGUGGGCAGAACACGAUAUGAUUAUUAGAAGAGCACCACAUCAAGUGGGUAAGCCAAUUGCCAAGGCUAUCAACAACGGUCAGAUCCAAUUUUUCGACAAGCAUCUUUCGAUGUUCCCCCAGGAUUUGACCUACGGUUACUACACGAGGAACAGAACGGACGGUAAGAUCUUGGAUUACACAAUUAUCGAGGCCACUGCCAUUAAGGAAGAUGGUUCGAUUGUGCCAGGUCCUUCUGUGGGUGGGUCUCCAGAAUUCAUUGCCGUUUCGGAUAAGGUCAUCAUCGAAGUUAACACAGCAACCCCUUCGUUCGAAGGUUUGCACGACAUCGAUAUGCCAGUGAACCCACCAUACAGACAGCCUUACCCAUACACUAGAGUCGACCAAAAGAGCGGUCUUGAUUCGAUCCCAGUCGACCCAGAACGUGUCAUUGCGGUGGUUGAGUCGACUGAAAGAGACAAGGUCGGGCCAAACACCCCAUCUGACGCUGUCUCUCAGUCCAUUGCUCACAAUUUGGUGGAAUUCUUCGAAAACGAAGUUAGAGCCGGCAGAAUGCCAGAAAACUUGCAUCCUUUGCAAUCCGGUAUCGGUAACAUCGCUAACGCUGUCAUUGAAGGUUUGACCGACUCCUCGUUCAAAGACUUGACCGUGUGGACCGAAGUCUUGCAAGAUUCGUUCUUGGACUUGUUCGAGAGCGGUGCUUUGACCUACGCUACAGCAACCUCCGUUAGACUCACGGACGCUGGGUUCGACAAGUUCUUCGCCAACUGGGACGAUUUCUCAAAGAAGUUGUGCUUGAGAUCCCAAGUGGUCUCCAACAACCCUGAGUUGAUCCGUCGUUUGGGUGUCAUCGCCAUGAACACCCCUGUGGAAGUGGACAUUUACGCUCACGCUAACUCCACAAACGUGUCCGGUUCCCGUAUGUUGAACGGUUUGGGUGGUUCUGCCGACUUCUUGAGAAACGCCAAGUUGUCCGUCAUGCACACCCCAUCAGCAAGACCAACAAAGACUGACCCUACCGGUAUCUCUACCAUCGUCCCAAUGGCUUCUCAUGUCGACCAAACCGAACACGACUUGGAUGUCUUGGUCACCGAACAAGGUCUAGCUGACUUGAGAGGUCUCUCACCAAGAGAAAGAGCCAGAGAAAUCAUCAAGCAAUGUGCCCACCCAGAUUACAAGCCAAUCUUGACCGAUUACUUGGACAGAGCCGAACAUUAUGCAAAGCUCCACGGAUGCUUGCACGAACCUCACAUGUUGCAAAAUGCCUUCAAGUUCCACUUGAACUUGAGCGAAAAGGGUACCAUGAAGGUCGACAAAUGGGAUUAA